AUGCGUCUCUGUUUUGUUGCUGCUGGUUUGCUGCGGGCUCCUGCUCCCCUUCGUCCUGUCUCCUUUCUGCUGCUGCAGCAGCAGCAGCCCCCUGCAUCUGCUGCAGCAGCAGCAGCAGCAGCAGCAGCAACAACAGCAGCAGCAGCAGCAAGGGGGAGACACCAGCAGCAGGAUGCUUCAGAGCUGCUGCAGCAGCUGGAGACACAGCUGCAGCAGCUAGAGCAGCUGCUUCCUCCUGACCCCGUCCCCUCGCAGCAGCAGCAGCAGCAGCAGCAGCACGAGCAGCAGCAGCAGAAGCAGCACGAACAGCAGCAGCAGCAGCAGCAGCAGCAGCAGCAGCAGCAGCAGUACGUGCAGCAGCAGCAGCAGCAGGACUUUGAUCUGCAGCAGCAUGAGGAGGAGUUGCAGCAGCUGCGAGAGCUACAGCAGCAGCUAAUGCAGCAGCCAGCAGCAGCAGAUACUGCAGCAGCAGCAGCUGCUGCUGCUGCUGCUCCGCAGCAGCAGCAAAUGCCUGGGGUCAAUGAGCGGCUGCAGCUGCUGCUGCAGCGAGCAGCAGAAGGACCAGGAGACGGGGGCCCCCACCUUUAUGAUCUGCUGCUGCAGAGCAUCCGCAGCGGGGAGUUUGGGGCUGAUGGUGCUGAGGCCUUAGAACGAAUAGAGAACCGCAGCCCCCUUGAGAUAGCAGCAGCAGCACCAGCAGCAGCACAGAAUGUUGCUGCUGCUAUUCGUGGCCUCUCGCAUGCAUUACCACCAACCAACCACCAGCAGCAGCAGCAGCAGCAGCAGCAGCAGCAGCAGCAGCAGCAGCAGCAGCAGCACGAAUACCAGCAGCAGCAGCUGCAGCAGUUUGAACUAUUGCAACAGCAACUGGAACAGCAACUGCAACAGCAACAGCAGCAGCAGCAGCAGCAGCAGCAGCAGCAGCAUGGACAGGGAGAGGACAGCAUGCACACGCACACAGAGCAGCAGCAGCAACAGCAGCAGCAGCAGCAGCAGCAGCAGCAGCAGCAGCAGCAGGACUACAAAAGUUUUUUGCCUGUUAAGAGCGAAGCGGAAGCCCUCAAAGAAGUCAUAGAAGCAGCAAAAGGAAUCCGCAAGCAGCAGCAGCAGCAGCAGCAACAGCUGCAGCAGCAACAGCAGCAGCAACAACAGCAGCAACAGCAACAGCAGCAAAACAUUAACAGCAGCAGCAGCAGCAGCAGCAGUAGCCGUAGCAGCAGCAGCAGCAUCACCACCGCCACCAACAGCAUCAGCCGCAGCACCAACAGCAGCAGCAGCAGCACCACCACAACCACCAACAGCAGCAGCAGCAGCACCACCACCACCACCACCACCACCAACAGCAGCAGCAGCAGCAGCAGCAGCAGCAGCAGUGUGUUUGUGUUGUUUGUGUUUAGGUAUAAAGCCCUCAGAUAUAGGUUGCUGCUGUUGCUGCAGCAGCAGCAGCAGCAGCAGCAGCAGCAGCAGCAGCGACCGCUCCGCAGCGACGCUGCUGAGCAGCAGCAGCAGCAGCAGCAGCAGCAGCAGCAGCAGCAGCAGCAAAAGGAACAGCACCAACAGCAACAGCAACAGCAGCAGCAGCAACAAGCGGAAGCUGAGAGGAUGGGGGCCGGCAGCAGCAGCUUUGGGGAUGCUAGCAGCAGCUUUGGGGAUGCUAUCCUCUUCCCUGCAACAGAGUGCUCGGCAAGCUAA